AUGAUACCCUUGAAUAUUAAUGAAACCACAGUGUACAGUAUUCUAGACUGGGUCACACCAGAACCCUGUACGUUUUCCCCGCACACUGAUGGAUGUGAAAACCAUGGCUGGAUGUGGCAAUGCGGACACCGUAACCUAUCUGUGAUACCCAAUGCAGCUAUCAAACAAUAUCGUGUCCAUGUCGAUUAUGUUAUCUUGCGUAUGCGUAGUCGAUGGAAAGGCGUCAUACACGUUGCAAAUUCGGACGAGUUUCCGUUUGAUGCUUUCGUCACCUACACCGAGGAAGACUACCCCGCAUGCAUUCCUUUUUACCAAGCUCUCACCAGUCUGGGUUUCAAAAUCAGCAUACCCGAUAAAGAUUUUUUACCCGGAAUAUCUGAAGCGGAACAACUACUUAAAUGCAUGGAUCAGAGUCGAAAAGUUGUCAUUAUUGUUACCGAAAAUUUUCUAGAAAACGGCUGGAACUCCUACGCUGUGCAAAUGGUUGUUACUCAUGCUUUUCACAACCAGAGGGAACGGUCGAUUAUAGUGAUAAUUAAAGAUGACAUUCCCAUCGAGCGAUUGCCAAGGGAUCUGAAAUAUAUCUGGUGGACCAUUGUCAGCAUAAGAUGGCCAGAUGGAAAUGAGAACAUGGAUUUAUUCUGGGAAGAGAUUGCUGCUGCUUUACGCACUAAUUAAAAGAAUUUAGCAUAAAAAUGAGUUUGUGACUUGUCCGUUGUGUCCAUAUUGUAUUUCAAGACAAUAGAGAGUUUAAGCAUUUGACCUUUUACGUGUAUCCAUACGUGUAGAGUUAGAAGAAUGAUUACAAAUACCCGCUCUAACAGCACGUCUCGUUUAACAAUCUGCAUAUGUAUGCAUAUGUUUAGAGAAAGACGUCACAAACUAAUUAAUUGGAUGGAUAUUUGAAAUUAACUAAUCAACAUUAUUGUUUGAUAAGUACGAUCGUAAAUAAAAUGGUUCAACACUAUCUUGCUUGCAUCGUUGGAAGGUGAUGAUGAACUUUUACUUCUUUCAUGCAUAGAUGACGACAAAGAAUCAUCAAUUUAUCAUAAUUUAGAGAUAGAUGAACUCAGAGAUGAACAAUUCCAUAUAUUAUUCAUAUAUUCACGAAAGAAGACAUAUGUGCUUUGUGCAACGCUUAUGUUUCCAUGAAUAGAACUGUAUGCCCUGGAAUAGAGGUGUUGUGUAUUCCUAUACGUUAAUUAGCAUACCCGAAUAGAAUGCAAAAUCUUUCACAUGUUUUUCGGAAGAUCAACGGCUGAAAUGUCUUAUAUUUUUAACAUGGUUCUAGACUUUAUUGGUUUAAAGAACGGGCACAAAUAGGAAAAAUGUAUCAGCUGUGAUUGUCUCAUUCAAAACUGGACAAGGUGG